AUGCAGGGAAAAGGCAUACUUUACCCUGAUGACAAAAAGGACAUUGAAUGUCUCAAGCAUGAUCUACAUAUCCGAGGCCACCACAAAUUCGAGCCCGAAGGUACCCCGUCGAGUCAAAAAACCCCGAACGCAUCGACAUAUACUGCUAACUAUGCGGAAAAGAAACGUCUGACAGGCCUAAUCUCCCAUGCUCUACUGCGUAUCCUACAAUGCAUAUUCGCAGUAGUAGUGGCAAUCCUAUACGGGCUUGACCUUCACCAAGCAACAAGGCACAGCAUAAGGGCACACCCUUCUUGGGUCUACGCCGAGGUUGUAGCUGGUCUGUCCAUGAUAAGCUGUAUCAUGCAAUGGAUCUUCAUGACGGCUGUGUGGUACUGGUGCUUUUUGGAUGCUUUUAUCUCUGUUCUGUGGCUGGCGCAGUUUGGAGUGUUUGCUUCACUGUACCUGGGCGCAGAUGAUAAAGAAGUAUUAUCCCCAGCUUCGCCAGGCAGGAUUCAGGCGGCAGUCUGGUUCAAUUUCGUUUGUGUUGUUUUGUGGUUUGUGGCAACAGUCUAUGGUGCUAUAGGUUGCUGUGCUCGUUUUAAGAAAUCACGGCAGAAGAAGAAGCACGCUGGGUCAGGUUUAAUCGUUAAUGGAGGACAAUUGGCAAGUCGUAGCGUGGGCGUUGAGUGA